AUGUUGUCUUACGUCUGUGUGAACUGGAUUCUUCUGCUCCUGUUUGCAGGCACCACAGUGUCAGACUCAGUUGUGACAGGAGAGGUUGGUCAGAAUGUCACUGUGCCCUGCUACUACAAGGUCCAGGCGGAACACGACAUCACAUCCAUGUGCUGGGGGCAGGAAAAGUGCCCUCCUUCAAAAUGUAAGCGACCCAUUAUCUGGACAGAUGGACAUAAAGUGACAGACCAGUAUGGCAGCAGGUACAUGUUGAAGGGGAACCUGCAAAGGGGCGACGUGUCCCUGACGAUUGUGAAUGCUCAGAUAGCAGACAGUGGCACCUACUGCUGCCGUGUGGAGUUGCCUGGGCUGUUCAACGAUCAAAGAACCAAUCACAGGGUUGUGAUAAAGAAAGCUAGGAUCACUACUGCAAGUCCUCACACUUACACCACUGAACAGACCCCAGCUCCUGGGAGCACCAGUGAAUCCUCCUUUACUGUCCCAGGAACGUGGCCAUCGGUUUCUCCUUCAGAAGCUCCUCAGACUGCUUCUGGUCCCUGCCCAGACUCCCCAGACUGCUUGGAUGUGACUGCAAACCUGCAGAACACGUCUGUAUUGCUUCCCAGUCAGCAGUAUUCAGAAAAUGGACUGUACAUUGGGAUUGGGUCAUGUGCAGUACUUCUAGUCAUCCUGAUCUUGGCUCUGUACCUCACUAAACUUGCUGCUCUGGAGUCUCAGUCGCCUAAAAUGUCCCAUUUUGUGCUGUUUCACUGGAUUUUGAUGCAGAUCUUUAUAGCCCACGCCGCAUCCCAAACUGUUGUUACAGGAGUCACAGGGCGAUCUGUGACUUUGCCUUGCCACUACAAAGUGACACAGGCUAAGGACAUCUCCGAUAUGUGCUGGGGCAGAGGUCCCUGCCCGAAUUCAAAGUGCGAUAAAAAAAUUUUGCACACCAGUGGAAGGAGAGUGGCAUUCCGAACAUCUGGGAGAUACAACCUCCAGGGCUACAUUUCCCAUGGAGAUGUGUCUCUCACAAUUCGGGCAGUGGAUGAGAAAGAUGCAGGUGUAUAUUGCUGCCGUGUGGAGAUCCCAGGUUGGUUCAACGACAUCAAACGGAACAUACGACUGGAGGUGACCAGAGCCCCUCCAGUGAUGACAACCACCACCAGAAAGGUUCCUGUUUCCCCCAAACAUUUCAGAAAAACAACUUUUGCUCCCCAAGCAACCUCUGAUCUUCAGCCAACGACAGAGAGUGAUGUCCUCCUGACAACCACCACUGCAAUAGCAACCACAGCUGCCGAGUCUACAGCAGUAACUACAUUGGAGACCAUUGCUCCCCCAACACUUGCUGUGACAGAAAAUGAUAUUUUUCCUGUUACUGUGGUGACAAGCAGUGCUCCCCCAGACUUUCCAACUAGUUCCCAAGCAGUUGAUGUGAGAACUGAAGAUGAUAUGUUCUGCUGCACAGAGUUUGUCCCUUCUCUUGGAAGUACAGAGGUGACUACUGAAUUCCCAACUACACUCAUGACUGCAGAGGGAACUAAAAAUGCUCACACCUCUGUCAUGGUGGAAGAUGUGCCAACCACAGUGAUUUCUGUGGGUUCAGAUGGCAAGACUGAGAAAAUUGGUGAUAUUGGAGAGAAGGCAAAACUUCCUGUAAGCUCAGAAAAGCACUGCAAACUCCAGCCCAGUGCAGAUCAUGUUGUUUAUCAUGAUCAACCUGAUGUGUCUUCUCCAUACUUUGUACAGUUUCUCAGCUCUGCCAUCCUCAUUGCCUGUCUCACCGCUGGGUCCAUUCUUGUCAUACUGAUGGUGUCAUUGUUUUGGAAACGUAAACACACAAAGAAGCUGAAAAUUAAAAGCCUUGCUCAACCAGAAGAGCCUAAAAAGGUUUUCAGUGGUGCUGAAGGAGAAAACAACAUUUUUUCCCUGUGA